CAUUUCUUGUGUUACGUCUGUAAAGAAUACGUGGAGGAUCUGGGCAAAAUCCCCAAGAGCGUCCUCCGAGAAGCAGAUGUCACCCUCAUAGUGAUUGGACAGUCAUCAUACCAUCAUAUUGAGCCUUUCUGCAAACUGACUGGAUAUUCUCAUGAAAUCUAUGUUGAUCCUGAGAGAGAAAUUUAUAAAAGAUUGGGAAUGAAAAGAGGGGAAGAAAUUUCCUCCUCAGGACAGAGCCCCCACAUAAAGUCCAACCUGCUUUCGGGAAGCCUUCAGAGCCUGUGGUGGGCAGUCACUGGCCCGCUUUUUGAUUUCCAAGGAGACCCAGCUCAGCAAGGUGGAACCCUUAUUCUAGGUCCAGGUAACAGCAUCCACUUUGUGCACCGAGACAGGAAUAGGUUGGAUCACAAACCCAUAAACUCUGUUUUACAGCUUGUGGGAGUUCAGCCUGUGAACUUCAUGAGCAGACCUACAGUUAUCCAUGUGUGACUUCACAUGGGAUCUUCCACUUGUGAAUGGGCCCUUGAAAUGUGAACCAAAAUGCCAGGCAUCAUGACUUCAAGAGGUUAUGAAAACACAAAGCUCAUUCGCCUAUAGAGCUAUAUGCUGAAAGGUAUCAGUUGCCAGAAAUGGGAUAGGCAUUUUAAAUUUUAUGGCCUCUAUAAUUAUCCAUUCAAUAGAAAAUUUUGGCAACCAAAACAUAAGAAGGGGGCUGGAAAGAUCACUCAGUGGUUAAGAGCACUUGCUUCUCUUGCAGAGGACCCAGGUUUGAUUCCCAAAACCCACAUGGUGGCUCACAAUUGUCUGUAACUCCAGUUCCAAGGGAUCCAACACCUGGCCUUUAGGCACCAGGUGCACAUGUGGUGAACAUGCAUAAAUGUAGGCAAGCACUCAUACACAUAAAAUAAGAAUAAAAUCUUCUAAAACUGUGUGUGUGUGUGUGUAGGGAAGUGAAAAAUGGGCCAGGUCUGAUGGCACAGGCGAGUAGUCCUAACACUAAGACAUGGGGACAAGAGUCCAACCUGAGCUAUAUGGGAAAGAGCCUUCCUCAGAAAAAUAGUUAAUGGAAGGGGAGAAUGUACAAAGGGAAAGGAAAGCAACUCAAGACAGUUUUAUUUAGUAGGGGCAGGGAAACACAACAGAUUUUUAAAUUCUGUAAAUGGUGUAACCAUGUAUACGUGUAUGUUUUAAUUUUUGUGCUCUUGGAGAAAAGAUGGUAAAUAAACACUGUACAAGCCGGGCA